AUGUCCACACAAGAACGGAAAUUGGAACUGGAACGAAAGAAGGCCAAACUGGCUGCACUACGGGAUAGUCGAAACAAACGGGAAAAAGUGCGCUCCGAUCUGUACAUGAACGGGUCCCCGAACUCCCUGUCCACGUCCGCAUCCGCUCAGGAUUUACGUGCAGAAGCCGAGGAGAUGUUGCGCAAUUUGGGCUUUAGCGUGGACACAAUCGGAUCCAAGCGGCAUCGUAAAUUGGCAAUGUGUCUCGUGAACGAGAUCAAUGUUGCACCCAAAAGUCCAAUUCAAUAUUCAAAACAAACUCAAACCAGAGAUGCCAAUAUCCUAUUGCCCCAUUCCGUCAGUCUUCAACACAGCGAAUCACCCCGUGAAAUUAUUGGAUCACCGAAAUUUAUCGCCCACCUUGAAUGGGACGAUGAGUUUUCUACCGGUUUGACGUUUGAUGAAACCUUACCGGAACCGUCAGAUCAGACCGAUAUGACGCUGCACCUGAAUCAGACUGGCGACAGCCAAAUCAGGCCAAAUGCAGCUGAGGAGAUACCGAAAGUGAUUGUCCUGGGCGAAGAGGAUCGAAAUCUGGUCAUGGCCACAUCUCGUUUCCAAUCGUUUUUCGAUCACGCCUCACGCAUAUGCGAACGUGCAUUGACCCAUGUGGAUGACAUCUUUAUUGACUAUACCGGUGCGGAUCAAGAUCGAAAUAGAUGUAAUAAACAAACCCCAGUUCAACGAACCUUGCUCUCCGCAACUGCUCAUACACAUCCGGUGAAAUCUGUGAUGGUCGUGGGCACACAGAAUGCACACAGUCUGAUCAGCAUCAGUUCGGACGGAAAACUUUGCUCGUGGAGUUUGGAAAUGCUCAGUCAGCCGAACCAAUACAUGGAAUUGAUGUAUCGACAAACACGAACUGUGGGAGCUUCGUGUAUGUGUUUCUUGCAUCACGAUGUGGAUCAUUUUCUGGUCGGAUCAGAGGAUGGCCGUGUUUAUACCGGUUCGCGACACGAAAACAAAGCCGGAGUGACUGAAUCGUUUGAGGGGCACCAAGCCUACGUGACCUCUGUAUCCGCGCAUACGACUGAGGGUCCCGUCGACUUUUCCCACCUAUUCCUAACUUCUUCGUUUGACUGGUCUGUGAAGCUGUGGUCGACCAAAGUCAAACAGCCGUUGUUAUCAUUCAACGAGGCAACUGAUUUUACUAUGGAUACNCCCGGCCGUGUUUGCCACUGUUGA